AAGAAGAGGGCAUUAAAGAUGUUUCUGAGCUUCUUCAACGCUAAAUACAUGGUUUUGCUGAGCUGUGUGCUGGCGAACCUCACAUUUGCCAAACAAGGGCAGAAAAAGAUAUGUGACACUAGUUUGACGAUUUCCAAUGACUUUUAUGCCUCUCUGGAUGAAGACGCAAAGGGAAAUGGCAACAUCCACAACCGCUCACUAUCUGCAUGGACCUGGAUACCGAAGUUUUCACAACGCAGAAUACCACAGGUCAUCUUUGAAGCCCAGUGCAAUUCAGAAUAUUGCACCCUUCCCAAUGGCGUGGAUACGAGACUGAACUCAUUGCCCAUUUAUCAGGAGAUCCUGGUGCUAAAACAGGAUACGGAGGACAGGAAGUGCUUCAGGGCGACUUUUGAGAGAGUAACAGUGGGCUGUACGUGUGUGUGGGCCAAAACCUCCUAAAAUUACUCGUAUGUUUCCAUAUUAGAAUGAACGUAUUUAUUUGUUCCUAUAGAAGCUGCGACUUUUAACAGAUUUUAAGUUAUUUUGGAGACAAAAUGGUUCCUGAAUGAAAUUUGUUUUAAAUAUUUGCAUUUAUUGAUU